UUCACGUCCAGAUAAUGGCAUCCCCCCUUCCCAAAAUGUGCAUUCUAGGUUUCUGCUCCUCCGAAACACAUUGAUUGAUUCAACUCCGACCUCUCUGAAGUCGUCUUCUGCAACCGACUCUGCUUUCCUCACUUCUCCGGCGAAGAUCUCCGUUUUCGUCUCCUGUUUCCAUCUCAAUGUGAUUUCAAAAUUCAUCAAUGUUCCUAGUGACACUCAUUGUGUCCAAUAUGUCAAUAGAAACUAUACAAGGAUGAGCAAAUCAAGUCGGCAUAAAGAGAAGCAUGGAAGCAGGAGCGAGCUUUCUAAAGAUAAAUGGAAUGAGGGAACUGCUGCUAGGACAAGACCUUUUAGUUUUGAUGAGAUAAUGCUUAGAAGAAAGAACAAAAAACAGUCAGGUGAUCUUGAAGCUGCAGGUGGAGAAGAAGGAAAUAGAUCAAAUAAAGAGAUUGUUGAGAAAGCAUCUGAUCAUCCUGAAUCUGGCAGAGUUUACAGGAAGAGCAUUGGUUCUGUUGUUGUAAAGCACUCUUCAGAGGAAUUGAUGAAGGUUGGUUCCCGAAAAAAAGAAGAUAAUGCUUCCAUGAAUGAAGACAAAAGGAAUUAUAAAGAAAGUCGUGAAUCCCAAAUCAAAUCAAUGGCCUCGCUGAACAAGGAUGACAGGCAGAGCCGGCGCAGCAGAAAAAAUGAAGAGCGGUCAAGUGGUGAUUCUGAAAAUGAGCAUGAAAAGAGACGUGCAAGAGACUUGGUAAGAUGGGAAAGAUACGAAGAAAGAAGUAGGGGAAAAUCUGAAAAAGAAGCCAAAAGGAAACACAGAAAUGAUGAUGAUGAGAGAAGUAGGGACAAGGACACUGUGAAGAAACAUGAUUCAGGGAAAUGGCACAAUUCAGAAAUUUCAGAGAGGAAGGGAAGGACUGAGUCAUCAAGACUGCAUAAUGAAGAAUCGAGGUCAAGAAAGAGGCGGUCAAGGAGUAGAGAGUUGCGUGAUAAGGACAGGGUUAGAAGGUCUCUUUCACUCUCACCAAGGUCUCAUAAAUGCACUACAGAUAAUGUUCGGGGACAUGGAGAGUUAUCUACAGAUAGGUCAAGAAGGCAGCAAUCUGAUGAUGAUAGGAACAAGAUUUCGGUUAAUAGUUCAAGUAAUCACUACAGGAGACAUGGUGGAUCUGCAAGUGGACUAGGUGGUUAUUCCCCAAGGAAAAGAAAAACUGAGGCUGCAGUUAAAACUCCUUCUCCACCUCAUCGGUCUCCAGAGAAAAAAAGUGCAGGGUGGGAUCUCCCACCAGCUGGAGCAGCCAUCAAUACUCCUAGUUCUGUAAUUUCUAAUCUACAGUCUUCCAAUCAAACUGUGUCAUCCACUAAUGAGCUCUCUACCGUUACUCCUGUCUCUUCCAUGACAGUGAGGGCCCUUCCUGGGGUUUUUGCAAAUGCUGCCAUUGAAUCUAUCCAGCUAACACAAGCAACGCGGCCUAUGAGGAGGCUUUAUGUUGAAAACUUACCUGCUUCAGCUACUGAGAAAGGUGUCAUGGAAUGUCUUAAUAAUUUUCUCCUAUUUUCAGGUGUUAACUAUAUACAGGGAACCCAACCAUGCAUCAGCUGCAUUAUUCACAAAGAGAAGGGGCAAGCUCUAGUGGAAUUUCUUACACCUGAGGAUGCUUCAGCAGCUCUUUCUUUUGAUGGAAGAUCCUUCUCUGGCUCCUUUCUUAGAAUUAGACGACCCAAAGACUAUGUUGAAGUGGCUACUGCUGUUUUUGACAAAUCAGUGGCUGCAGUAGAUACCACAAGUGAUAUUGUGAAGGAUUCACCUCACAAGAUAUUCAUUGGUGGGAUCUCAAAGGCUAUUUCAUCUGAAAUGCUAAGGGAGAUAGCUAGAGCAUUUGGGCCUUUAAAAGCAUUCCACUUUGAGGUUAAUGUUGAUAUUGGUGAGCCAUGUGCUUUUAUUGAGUAUGUAGACCAAUCAGUCACUGUCAAGGCAUGUGCGGGUCUGAAUGGUAUGAAGUUGGGAGGACAAAUGCUAACUGUUGUCCUUGCUACUCCUGAUGCAUCAUCAGAUGAAAGUAUUGGCAAUUCACCCUUCUAUGGUAUCCCUGAACAUGCCAAAGCACUUCUUGAGAAGCCUACAAAAGUCCUGAAGCUUAGGGAUGCGUUGGAUCCAGAGAAUCUCUCAUCACUGUCUGAACCAGAGCUGGAAGAGAUAUUGGAAGAUAUACGAUUAGAGUGUGCCAGGUUUGGUACAGUUAAGUCAGUGAACAUUGUCAAAUGCCAUGAUGGUCAUACCAUCACAGAGAAAUAUAAACUCUCAGAUGGCAUUGUAUCUUCAAGCAUCUGCCAAGAUUUGAAUUGUAGCAAGAACAUAAUAGCAGAAAUAUCUGGAGAUCAUGUUGUUUGUGAUUUGCAUGCAUUCAGCAGAUUGGAGCCUCCAGGUAAUGCCAAGGAACCUGAACAAAUUGAUGAAGCGGUACUGGGCGAUAUAGUCUGUGAUGACAAACUCGCCGCCGAUAUCGCAGAAGAUAAAAUGUGCAAACCAGCUGCUAUUGAUGGUAAGGGGGGUCUUAAAGAUCCAUUGUACAAGGAUAGUUCCAAGGCCACUUCUUUAGAAAUUGAUGACCAACUAAGCUUGGAGGAUCAAAUAAAUGCCGCUUCUGUAGAAAUUGAUGAGCAACAAAGCUUGAAGGACCCGAUUGAGGGUUCUGGUGCUGACACAGUUGAUGAUCAUAGUAUGACAAAGAAGGCUGAGAUUAAGAACGGAUCAGUGGUUCAAGAAAAGUUGAACCAUGAGGAUGACAUGGUUGAUGAUGGUAUUCUGACAAAGGAUGCUGAGACGAAAGCUGACCCAAUGCUUGAAGAAAAGUUGACAUCAGAGGAAAGCAAUGGAAAGCUAGAGGAAGCUUCAGCUCAAAGUAAUGGUGGCACAAAAAUGAACUCAGAUGCAUUCGAGAAAAAUGAAAAUAAGGACCAAGGUAUUGAUCUUGACAUUUUGUUUGAACCUGGAUCCAUUCUAGUGGAGUAUGCAAGAACAGCAGCAUCUUCCAUGGCCGCGCAUUCUCUGCAUGGGCGCCUUUUUGACAACCGAACUGUGACAGUGGAGUAUGUUUCUUAUGAUCUUUACAAGGCAAAGUUUUUGAAAUGAAGUUUGUAAGGGGCUUAAACCGCACACACCGGAUAUCAUAUACCCUACCAGUUUUGGUCCGUACAGCCAUUUCUGUUUCAGAUAUGGUUCUGAAAGCCUUGCUCUCUGCUUCUUAGAAGUUAAUUGUUUCUACUUAAUGUCAAGAUUCAAGAGCUGAUAUGUCGGGCUUUAGUGAUGCUUUGGAGUAUAUGAUCACAAUGAUUUGACCUUUAUAGAGGUGUAUAACUGCCAAGAUUCAAGAGCUGAUAUGUCGGGCUUCAGUGAUGCUUUGGAGUAUAUGAUCAUAAUGAUUUGACCUUUAUAGAGGUGUAUAACUCAAUAGACACUUUGUUCCUAGAAUAUAUUUCUGGUGUUUGGUAGUGCCAGGAUGAUAUUUAACCAUUUUGGCUGCAGGAUUAAUCUGUACCGAGUGUAGAAACUAUGCAUUCAUUGAACCUCUUAACCUUUUUUUCCCCUCUUUUUUGGCCU